AUAAAAAAAUAUAAUGAAAUUACAGACACUGGAUGAGUGGUCCUUCGAUGUAUUUUCGUUAAGUGAAGCAGCACAAGGCACACCGGUCAAAUACCUAGGAUACGACCUUCUCAGCCGUUACGGAAUGAUUCAUAAGUUUAAAGUACCCACAGCUAUACUUGAGAACUUUCUCGGUAAAGUUGAAGAAGGUUAUUGUAGAUAUCGCAAUCCAUAUCACAAUAAUCUCCACGCAGCCGACGUCGCACAGACAAUGCAUUACAUACUUUGUCGCACUGGGUUAAUGAAUUGGCUGACAGAUUUGGAGAUCUUUGCAACUCUUGUGGCAGCUCUGAUUCAUGAUUACGAACACACGGGUACGACUAACAACUUUCAUGUUAUGUCUGGGAGCGAAGCAGCCUUACUUUAUAAUGACCGAGCCGUACUAGAAAAUCAUCACAUCUCAGCAAGUUUCCGAAUAUUACGUGAAGAUGAGUGUAAUAUUGUACAAAAUCUCUCGAUAGAAGAGUUUCGUGAGUUUAGAACUCUAGUAAUCGAUAUGGUCUUAGCAACCGAUAUGAGCUUUCACUUCCAGCAACUGAAGAAUAUGAAGAAUAUAUUAAGUCUAGCUGAGCCGAAAGUUGACAAAAGCAAAGCUGUUAGCCUCGUGCUUCACUGUUGUGAUAUUUCACAUCCUGCUAAACGGUGGGAUUUACAUCACCGCUGGACAACACAGCUUUUAGAAGAAUUUUUUCGCCAAGGUGACAAAGAGAGAGAACUUGGCUUACCUUUCUCUCCACUUUGCGAUCGAAAUAAUACUUUAGUAGCCGAGUCUCAAAUAGGAUUUAUUGAAUUCAUUGUUGAACCUAGUAUGCAAGUGUGCAGUGAUAUGUUAGAAACAAUUCUUACUCCAUUAAACGUAAAAGAAAAUAAUGAAGAAUCUGGCCCAGUGGAUAGGACGUUCCAAAUCAUAAAACCUUGGAUAGCUUGUCUGGUAGAAAAUAAAAAAAUUUGGAAGGAGCAAGCCAUCAAAGAUUCAUCAAUUCCUAGACUGACAAUUAUAUCUAGUUAAUCAAAUAACAUUUAAUUUAAAAAAUCUGCUAUAGAGUAUAUGAAAAUAUUUCUGCCCAUGUUGUUGGAAUGUCCUAGCAGAAUAGAAUAAGAGCAAAAAGCAAGUUUUGGUAAAAUA